GAGAGCUGAGAGGAGGACAACAGAGAGAGAGAUAGAUAGAUAGAUAGAGAGAGAGAGAGAGAGAGAGAGAGAGAGACCUCCCCGCAGUAUCAGCUAAAGUAAACACAGUCUGCCUUGCUGGAGGAUUUUCUCAGAGUCCAGAUUGAGCUGUGAGAUAAAGAGAUCACGAUGAUGACCAAACCUUAUGGGAAGGGGUCUGGAGAUAUGACAGAACUGGUCAGCUCUUUGGGCUGGAUUGAGGAGGACCUGAGCUCUCAAGAUGGGGACCAGACUCCCGAGACGGGGGGCCGCUACAACCCGAACAGGGGCAACCGUGGCCCUGUAGAUCUCGGCAGCGAGGACAUGGAGGAGGAAGAGGAGGAGGAAGAGGAAGAGUCUGGUCUAGAUGGGGAGAAAGCACCCAAACGGAGGGGACCUAAGAAGAAGAAGAUGACCAAAGCCAGACUGGAGCGCUUCCGUGCCCGUCGCGUCAAAGCAAACGCCAGAGAGCGCACGCGCAUGCACGGAUUGAAUGAUGCCCUGGACAACCUUCGGCGGGUCAUGCCCUGUUACUCCAAGACCCAGAAGCUGUCCAAGAUCGAGACCCUGCGGCUGGCCCGCAACUACAUCUGGGCACUGUCUGAGGUUCUGGAGAGUGGCCAGUCGCCGGAGAGUCACGGCUUUGUGGAGAUGCUCUGCAAGGGGCUCUCACAACCAACCAGCAACCUGGUGGCUGGCUGCCUCCAGCUAGGACCUUCGGCCAUGCUGAUCAAUAAGCUGGACGAGAAGUGCGGUGGUCCAGGAGCGGGUGGUGUGGGCAUUCAGCAGGGACACUCCCUGAGUUACCCAUCACCUGGCUUGCCCAGCCCCCCUUAUGGUUCUCUGGAGGCUUCACACCUACUACACCUGAAGGACUUCAAAGGUGCCGCUUAUGAGAAUCACUCGCCCAACGAAUGUAGCAAUGGCACGCCGCCAUACGACGGCCCACUCACGCCACCCCUCAGCAUCAGUGGCAACUUCGCCCUCAAGCAAGAGCCAUCACCUCACGAGACGGAGAGGAACUACACACCACAUCCCACACACCCAGCCCACUAUCUCUCCUCUCACCAUUACCCACCGUCCUCCAUGGCUAGACUCCCAGGCCCCCAGGGCCAUGCACUGUUCCCUGGCUCACGUUAUGAGCUACCCUUAGACAUGGCCUUCGAGUCGUUCGCCCCACCACAUAUGGUGACUUCACAGAUGAGCACCAUUUACAGUGAAUGA